CUUUGGCAGCUGGCUGCGAGCGGGAGGCCUGAGCGGAGAGCAUCAGCGGCGCGGCAAGGUCCCGGCAGCAGGGCACGGCGCUAUGGAGGAGCUCGAUUGCGAGCCCGCAGUAACUUGGAUUCCAGGAGUGAAUUCCAAGAAGAAGCAGAUGUGUUUUGACUGGGGUCCUGGGGAGAUGCUCCUGUGUGAGACUUCCUUCAACAAAAAAGAUAAAUCUGAGAAGGUACCUAGCUGCCCCUUUAUUUAUAUCAUACGGAAAGAUGUAGAUGUUUACUCUCAAAUUUUGAGAAAACUCUUCAAUGAAUCUCAUGGAAUCUUUGUUGGCCUGCAAAAAAUUGAGGAAGAAUUGACGGGAAAAUCCAGGAAAGCUCAACUGGUUCGCGUGAGUAAAAAUUACCGAUCAGUCAUCCGGGCCUGUAUGGAAGAAAUGCACCAGGUUGCAGUUGCUUCUAAAGAUCCAGCCAGUGGCCAGCAGUUCAGCAGCCAGGUCUCCAUUUUGUCAGCCAUGGAGCUCAUUUGGAACUUAUGUGAGAUUCUUUUUAUUGAAGUAGCUCCAGCUGGCCCUCUCCUUCUCCAUCUUCUUGACUGGGUCCGACUGCAUGUGUGCGAGGUGGACAGUUUGUCAGCAGAUGUUCUGGGCAGUGAGAACCCAAGCAAACACGAGAGCUUCUGGAACUUGGUGACGGUCUUGGUGCUCCAGGGCCGGCUGGAUGAGGCACGACAAAUGCUGUCCCAAGAGGCCGACGCCGACCCCUCUUCUGCAGGCGUGUGCCGCACCCUUGGGGAGCUGAUGAGGACAAUGCCCAUUCUCAGCCCUGGCAACACGCAGACACUGACAGAGUUGGAGCUGAAGUGGCAGCACUGGCGCGAGGAGUGUGAGAGGCACUUGCAAGACAGCACAUUUGCAGCCAGCCCCCGCCUGGAGUCUCUCUGCAAGAUAAUGCUGGGGGACGAAGCUACCCUGUUGGAGCACAAGGAGCUUCUGAGCAACUGGUAUCAUUUCCUAGUGACAAGGCUGCUAUAUUCUAACCCCACAGUGAAACCCAUUGACCUGCACUACUAUGCUCAGUCCAGCCUGGACAUGUUUCUGGGAGGUGAAAGCAGUCCGGAACCCCUAGAUAGCAUCUUGAUGGCAGCCUUUGAGUUCGACAUUCACCAAGUGGUCAAGGAGUGCAGCAUUGCCCUGAGCAACUGGUGGUUUGUAGCUCACCUCACAGACCUCUUGGAUCACUGCAGACUCCUCCAGUCACACAAUCUCUAUUUUGGGUCUAACAUGAGAGAGUUCCUCCUCCUGGAAUAUGCCUCAGGACUGUUUGCUCAUCACAGCCUGUGGCAGCUGGGGGUGGAUUACUUCGACUACUGUCCAGAGCUGGGCCGAGUUUCCUUGGAGCUGCACAUUGAGCGGAUUCCUCUCAACACAGAGCAGAAAGCCUUGAAGGUGCUGAGGAUUUGUGAGCAGCGGCAGAUGACUGAACAAGUUCGAAGCAUCUGUAAGAUCUUGGCCAUGAAGGCUGUCCGCAAUAAUCGCCUGGGUUCAGCCCUCUCUUGGAGCAUACGUGCCAAAGAUGCUGCCUUUGCCACACUUGUAUCCGACCGAUUCCUCCGGGAUUACUGUGAGAGAGGCUGCUUUUCUGACUUGGAUCUCAUUGACAACCUGGGGCCAGCCAUGAUGCUCAGUGAUCGACUGACAUUCUUGGGCUGGGAUUAUGGACCUGAAGUGUUUGGAAUGGUUCCUGUGUCCUAUGCCCCAUCACACUUGCACCAGACUUUUCUCAUUACUUGUGUGAGCUGGCAGUUCACUGCAGGAAGAGUGUAAGUUCUCCAUUUCAUAUAUACCACCAGGACUCGUGGAGUAUUUAAUGCUCUUUUAAACUUCUGUUUUGUGUGUGGGUAUUCUGCCUGCAUGUAUGUCUGUACCAGUAUAUAUCUGAUGCUUGCAGAAGCCAGAAGAAGGUCUGGGGUCCCAUGGGACUGGAGUUAGUUGGUUGUGAGCUGCUAUGUAAGUGUUGAGCAUUGAAUAUUCAUCUUCUGCAAGAACAAUUAGUAAGCUUAAUGAAACCAUCUUUCCAGGACUGAUAUUUCCCCAGAGUUGGUGCUCUUUAAUAACUUUCUUUUUUGAAUCCUGCAUUUCAUUUAUGUAUGGAUUUAAGACCGUUCUACCAGCAUUUCCAGGUGUAUGGAGUUCUAGUUUAAGGCCAGGGUGGCUUUUCUGAGUGUCGGGUAAGUGGACUGUUCACGUGAACUCACCCCCCACACA